UCUGUGACUUUUGGCUUAUACAGCCCCUUACCAUGACCCCACCCAUCGCUGUCUUUAGGGAGGAGCGUCCCGAUCCUUUUAAAAACGCUGCUCAAGCGAAGACAAAGUGUAAAUGAUUCGUUAGCCUCUGUGAAAGAAACUUCAACAGCUAGCAACAUGGUUCAGUGGACAGACUUUGAGCGCGCCACCAUUCAGAGCGUCUUCGAGAAGAUGGACUACGAUGACGUUGGACCCGCGGCUCUUUCCAGGUGUCUGGUUGUGUACCCCUGGACCCAGAGGUAUUUCGGUAACUUUGGAAACCUGUACAACGCCGCUGCCAUCCAGGGAAACCCAAUGGUCGCCGCUCACGGAAAGACCGUCCUGCGCGGACUGGACCGGGCUGUCAAGAACAUGGAUGACAUCAAGGCCACCUACGCAGAGUUGAGCGUGCUGCACUCCGAGAAACUGCGCGUAGAUCCAGACAACUUCCGGCUGCUGGCUGACUGCCUUACUAUUGUCGUUGCUGCGAGAAUGGGUGCUGACUUCACCGCUGAUGUCCAGGGCGCUUUCCAGAAGUUCCUGGCCGUCGUGGUGAGCUCCCUGGGCAGACAGUACCACUAGAGCCCCUCCACUCAGAGACGGACGACCACCAGAGU